GAGAAAGAAAGAAGAAGAAGAGGAGGAAAAGAAAGAGAAACCAAGAGAAGAUCAAGAGAGAAAGAAGGAGAGCAAGCAAGGACUGUGAGGAGCAGCAAGGAGAGGGCUUCUUCAUUCAUCCUUUUCAUCAUCUCCCUCAUUCCAAUCAGCCAAGGGUUCGAGAAGAAGAGGAACUUGGACAGCAAGGAGCAGAUUAUCCAAGCUUCAUUCUUCCAUUCUUUUCAGAUCAAGAAAUCAAGAUGGUGACCACCACGAUAUUGGAGACUAUCGUGAGAUGGAAGAUCGUUCUGAGUAGGCCAGCGGAAGACCGGCUUUGGGAGACCGAAAGUUCCGGAGUCCGGAGAGUCUACGUCGGCGAUGCGGAGCUCUUAGGGAGGGACAGAUCUGGGACGGUUGUGGAGAGGCAGAUCCUUAGGGAUGGCACUAUUGUGCUGCCACAUCCUCCCGCUAGGUUUCAUCAGACUACAAUGGACGAGGAGGAAGAGGAUCCUUCGGAGGACACUACAGUGGAGUCACGGUUGGUCGAGGAGGAGGAGGCAGUGGAGUCUUCACCACCAGAGGCCAAGUCGGGAGUCUGUGCGCAGCGUGUACCUGGGCGUCCAAAGUGCUUUAGAGUGGGACCUCGGAAGAGCGUGAUAAAGCUGGAGCAGUCUAAGAAGAGAGCGCGUGGAGCGGGAGCUGACGUUCCGGAGCGGGAUCAGGAUUAGAGUGUUCCUUUCUGUGGGGCUGGGAAUUCGUGUCGAACUAUUAUUUAUCAUUUUUACUUUCGGGUUUUCUUUUGAUGUACUUUGAUGUAGGGCUUCAGCCCAAGGUUUAAUUUAUGUACUUUGGAGUUACAGUUUCUUUAUUUAUGAGUAUUUCUUAUUUAUUCCGCAAAUUUAUUUCGUAAAGUUU